AUGCGAACGACAACGGACCCAGGAUUUGUACAGGCCGAUUCAUAUAAUCUGCCCGAAGUAACAUGCGAAAUGAUAGAUAUAUAUUACGAAGAAAUUGCUGAGUAUUUUAUUGCUGGGGUGCGGAACGUGAAAGCUCAGAGAGCUACUCGAGAAUCUUACGGAGACGUUGCUGUAGGGUAUGUCCAGUUGAAAAGGGAUCAUCCCCAGUGCAUUGUAAAAGCUCGAAUCACGCCAGAACAUAAAAUUCGAAAACAAAGCUAUUUGGUUAGUGUGUGCAUUGAUGAAGAAUGCCAUAAAGUAAUUGAUGUGAAAUGUAAUGACUGCGAAGCGAGCGAAGGUAGGGGGCUGCAAGCAUGGAAUAGCGCUGAUUUUUUGGUUAUUGAGGAGACAUUUACAUCCGUCAGUAACCUCAACCGUCUGUUACUGGAAGAAGUCAUCGUUAGCAAAACUGGGGGAUUUGAAGCCAACAAGAACUGUCAAUAUUUUUAA